UCGCCCUCCCCUCAUCCACACCACCAACAAACCUCCUCCGCCGCUGCAGCUCCACCGCCGCCGCCCCUCCCAACCGUCGCCUCGCCAUUCCCCGCCUGAAUCCCUAAAGCCCAUGGCCUCCGUCUCCCCCGCCGCUGCCGCCGCGGCCGUCUCCGGCCCCCACCACGCCCGCCUCCUCCCCCCCUCCUCGCCGCGCCGCCUCCCGCGGCCCCGCCCGCGCCCUCGCCCGCGCCUCCGCCUCGCCGCCUGCCACGCGGACACGCUGCUCCCCUCUUCCUCAUCGGAGGCACGGGCGCCGCCGGCCCCCGCGGUGGGGCCCUCCGCUGAAUCUGCCACCGACUGUUUCGUCGACUGGCUGCGCGCGCGGGGGCUGCCCCCGGGCAAAGUGGAUAUCCGGGAGCGGCCGGUGCCCUGCCUGCGCGAGGGCAAGGACCGCCCGCUGCGCUACGUCGCCGCCGGCGACGCCCUCCAGGCGGGGGAUGUGGCGUUCGAGGUGCCCAUGUCGCUCGUUGUAACUCUGGAGCGGGUGCUCGGGGACGAAUCAGUAGCUGAGUUGUUGACAAACAACAAGUUGUCUGAGUUGGCAUGCUUAGCUUUGUAUCUCAUGUAUGAGAAAAAGCAAGGAAAGGAUUCAUAUUGGUACCCCUACAUUAAGGAGCUCGACCGACACCGAGGAAGGGGACAACUAGCUGUUGAAUCACCACUUUUAUGGACUGAAAGUGAACUUGAUUACCUGACUGGAAGCCCAUUAAAGGAUGAAGUUGUUGCUAGAGAUGAGGCGAUAAGGAGAGAGUAUAAUGAGCUUGACACAGUGUGGUUCAUGGCAGGUUCACUGUUUCAGCAAUACCCUUUUGAUAUACCUACUGAGGCUUUUCCGUUUGAGAUAUUCAAGCAAGCUUUUGUUGCAGUACAGUCUUGUGUGGUUCAUCUGCAGAAAGUUAGUUUAGCUCGAAGAUUCGCGCUAGUUCCUUUGGGGCCACCACUAUUGACCUACAAGAGCAACUGCAAAGCGAUGUUGACAGCUGAUGGUGAUUCUGUUCGGUUGGUGGUGGAUCGGCCAUAUAAAGCCGGAGAACCAAUAAUCGUCUGGUGUGGACCACAAACAAACUCCAGGCUGGUUCUGAACUAUGGUUUUGUUGAUGAAGACAAUCCCUUUGAUCGCAUAGCAAUUGAGGCAUCCUUAAAUACAGAAGAUCCUCAAUUCCAAGAAAAGAGAAUGGUUGCUCAGAGGAAUGGAAAGCUUGCUUUCCAAAAUUUUAAUGUCUAUGUAGGUAAAGAGAAAGAAACUGUUGCAGAAAUGCUGCCUUACCUGAGAUUAGGAUACAUUUCAGAUCCGGAUGAAAUGCAGUCCAUACUCUCUUCUGAAGGAGAUACAUGUCCAGUUAGUCCAUGUACUGAGCGAGCUGUUCUUGAUCAACUUGUUGGUUACCUGGAAUCUCGAUUGGCUGGUUAUCCAACAACUUUGGAUGAGGAUGAAACUACGUUGGCAGAUGGCAGUUUGGAACCAAAGAAGGAAGUUGCUACAAGGCUUGUAAGGUUGGAGAAGAAGAUGCUCCAUGCCUGUCUCCAGGCUGCUAAUGAGUUUAUAAAUGACUUGCCUGAUCACACAGUAUCACCUUGCCCUGCUCCAUAUGCCCCUGAACUGAAAUGAGAUGGUCAUAUCAUCAAGAAUGUCAAAAGUUGGUCAAUGCGCAGAGAAGCAUGCUCUAUAUGAGACCAUUAUAUGUUGCAAGGGAUUCACAAAUCUGGCCGUUCAGGUGCAAUAAUGAUAUCGUGCAGGCCUCGAGCAGAUGUGGUAGUUAGUUGCAAUGCACAGAAGUGUGCAUGAAUGUCCUCUUUUUGUUAAUCUAGCAGGUUUUGUAUUCACAAAGUAGAUUCUGUAUCUCAAUUUUCUGAUGAGCAUGGGUUAGAGUGCUAAUCAUGAAUCAUUGACAUGACUGCUGACAUACUUCGUUCUGUAGUUGUGUUCUGAGACA